AUGUCUGUCAUUUUUACAGUUGGGAAGAAGGCAACUGAAAUAAUCAGCAGCACCAGUUCUCCAUUACCAAAAGUACGAAGAGCAAAUGGUCGUAUUGCAAAAACUUCAACAAGCAAUUAUCAACCAUCAGAAAAUGUCAUUGUAUGGAACCUGAAUUUAGACGGUAAUCAAGUUAGUUUGGCUUAUUGUACGGAUACUCAAAUUUUAUGGUGUAACGAUCAACAGAUACAAAUUCAGGUAAAGGGUGACAGAAAUUCACAAGAAUCUCAUUUUUCCCUCAUGAAUCACCAAGGCCUACUGUCUAUUUUACAUGAUAUGGCUACAAACGUUGCUACUUAUAAACUUUAUAUUGAUGGCAAUGAAAUCAAACGUUCAUAA